AUGGUGGCAACUUUCUCGCCGCACCGUGAUGCGGGCGGCACCCUUCACUUGCCGUCUCAUUCGGGCAUCCACCAUGUGGACGCGAGCUCCGCCAUCCGCCAACUACGCCGCUCUUUGUCACGUUCGCCAUCGAAGAGUUCGAACUUCUCCCUUCUACGAAACCAGUCUCCUUCCAAAACACCAUACAUCUCCUCUCCCUUGUCGCCAUCCCGAAGAUCGCCCCAGAAGAGCAACUUCGUCCUCUUCCCGAGCUCCUCCCAUCAAUCGCCCUUCGCUGUCCCAUAUCCUCCGAGUGCCAAAAUCACUCGACCGGUCAUGCGUCGGGUGCGAACGUCGCCCCGAAGCCCGGCGAAGCGCGCUUUGAACAUAUCGUCCGAUCAGGGAAACGCCAAACCCACGCAGUCCGUACCCGCCACGCCUGAUGUGGAAAACUCCCCAACCAGCCCGGAGCCAAACACUCAGCCCGUCGACACAGCGAGUGGCAGUGGCUACUUCCUCGCGCCUACGCCGACAGACAGCGCCUUUGCGCCUCGUCCCACCUUGUCCCGCAUCGAAAAGCGGCGCAGCGGAACGUUCGGCACCUAUCCUACGGUCAGCCCCCUAAAGCGCAGCGACGGGCUGAUGAAUUUGGACCGCGCGUCUCGGGGAAGCCCGUCGGCCAAACGACGGAGUGUUCAUGCGGCCAAUCUCACGGGCGAGUUUAGCAUAUUCGACAGUGAAAACACCCCAGCGCCGGGAGAAGAGUCCCCGGGCGAAUCAUCCAAAGAAACCGAGAUUCCAUCGUUCCCGGUCCCUGUAUCUCCGUUUAGUCCCUUUGCCACCAUCCCAAAACGCUCUUCCUCUCUUCGACGAUCAACUCUCCAGCAACGCCAGAGUGAUCGCUCGCUCUUCUCUCGCGCAAAGGCCAUGGAAGAUUCUCCUGAUGCCGGCACGCCGACGUCUGUCCGCCCUCGCCUGUCUUUGGACAACAACCUCUUCCAACCCAAUCGGGAGAGCAUCUUUUCCCCUCGUCCGGCUCCUGUUAGCCCGUUGUUCUCGUCCACAGCCAAUGGAGCGGGACAGACACGCCCGGCCGCCCAUCCGCUUUCGCGAACCAUCACCCAGUCUUCCUCGAGUUCGAGCCUAGUCGAGGACUCGCCGACCCAUGAACCCGUUCACAAGAAUGACCGACCAAGGGGCGUCUUCGACUUCUCCAAGUCUCUUCCUGCCGGGGCCACGCGCCCAGCGCCGGUACGCCAGCUCACCCGCGAAGAGUCCACGUCGUCGAACGACUCCUUCGCCACGCCCGAAAACUACAAGCUCGUGAAACCGCUCCCGGCCGCGUUCAUGUCGACCGGCCUCAUCUCCAAGAAGAACCGGAACGCCGAGGACCCGCAAAACUUGCUCGGCAUGAGCAAAAACAUGCCCGACACUCCUUGCAAGCGGCCUAUUAACCUGUUCCCAUCGGCGCAACAGGGAUCGGCCGAAAACCCGUUCGGCAAGUCCACCAUGGUUCGUCCGGCCGAUCUAGUUCCGCCGUCGCCAUCCGACCCCCUCAGUGCACGUCCCAAGCCAGGGCCUUUUGCGCGGGGCAUGGGCAUCUUUGGAAGCAGCUUCAAUCGGCCCGAGGCGUCCCGUCGCGGGAGCUUUGUGAGCGUGGACGGAGACGAGAUGCAGUCGGAGUCGCCGUCCGGUCGACACGAUAGCCAACCGUUGAGUGAGUUCGAUCUCCCGCCCACGCCGACCAAACAAACAUUCUUCCCGUCGCGGACGUACCCCCCGGCCACGUCUCAAAUCGCUUCUCUGGAACGACUAUCGGAAGCCAUGGGAACCAAUACGACCCCAUUGCAUGACCGGUUCCAGCGCGGGUCGCCGCGCACGCCGCAGGACAAUCUAUUCCCUCCGGACCCCAGUGGUCUGUCGAUUUCGGCGCCGAACGACCAGCAACCGAUAAAACCCGACUUCAGCUCGUCCAAUCUCCCUGCAACGCCCACCGGACCGCGGGAUUCACUGUUACAGUCGGGCAAGCGCCCCAGCCUUCCGUUAAAUGUCUUCACCGCGCCGGAUGUGGACCCCAGCCUGACCUCUCGCUUUGAGCGAGUCGAGCUGAUUGGAACCGGCGAGUUCUCGCAGGUAUACCGCGUCGCCCAAGCUCAGAAGGCGCCCAUGCUGUCGAUCUUCUCGAGUGGCCCCAAGUCCCCCAAGGUUCUGCCGGAGCAGGUAUGGGCGGUCAAGAAGUCCAAGCAGCCGUAUUCGGGGCUGAAAGAUCGGGAACGCCGGAUUCGCGAGGUCGAUGUGCUCAAGUCGCUCACCAACUCGGAUCAUAUCAUCUCCUUUAUGGACAGUUGGGAGGACAACGGUCAUCUCUACAUUCAGACAGAAUUCUGCGAGGAAGGCAGCCUCGACGUCUUUCUGGCGCAGGUCGGACUGAAGGCCCGGUUGGAUGACUUCCGGAUCUGGAAGAUCAUGCUGGAACUGUCCUUGGGCUUGAAACACAUCCACGACAUGGGCUUUAUUCACCUCGACUUAAAGCCGGCCAAUAUCCUCAUUACUUUUGAAGGUGUGCUGAAGAUCGCAGACUUUGGCAUGGCCACUCGGUGGCCAGCCGAAGAGGGCAUUGAAGGCGAAGGCGACCGAGAGUACAUCGGCCCCGAAAUCCUGAUGGGUCGGUACGACAAGCCGGCCGACAUUUUUUCGCUGGGGUUGAUCAUGUUCGAGAUUGCCGGCAACGUCGAGCUCCCGGACAAUGGCCUGUCCUGGCAAAAGCUGCGGAACGGGGAUAUGAGCGAUGUGCCCAGUUUGACGUGGAGCUCGGAGACCAGCAUCUUCCGGGAUGCAUCUGGCAACCCCGUCUCGGAGGAGCCAUCAUUCGAGGAGCUCUGCGCGUCGGACUUUGGCGAUGACACUUUUGGUGAGGAUAGCUUCCUGGGCCGGCCGUCGAGCGAACGGAAAGCGGUGCCGCUGGCGCGGACGGGCGAGCUCGUGGACCCGCCCAGCUUCAUGAUUGACGCCAGCCACGAGCAAGCGCUGGAUAAGAUCGUGCGGUGGAUGAUCUCUCCGGACCCGCAGGAUCGGCCCACAGCGGAUCAAGUGCUGGAGACGUACGGGGUGCAGUUUAUUGCGCGGCGACGUCGGGCUGGCGCGACGAUCUACGAGGGGAACUGGGGACCAGCCGAUGAAGUGCUUGCCGAAGACGCGGAGAUGAUCGACGUGUAA